UCCCAGGCAGCCUCCCUCUGUCGGAGCCAGUGCAGGAAGCCAGCACUCCCCGUUUAACACGCCCGCGGGGCUGGGGAUACUGGAUCGUUACAGGUAAGGCAUUGGCAGCCCAAUGCCGAGGGGACGGUGCGAUGUGAAAGGGUCCUCCUUCAGGUGAACGGUGCACCCAUACAGGGGAGCUGCACCAGAAGCGGCUGCUGAAGCAGGGAGGUAGGGAGGAAGGAUGACUGAGGCCAGCAAGGGGAGAGCCCUGCUUCACUGGAUCUCUGCCGGGGAAAUGAGCACAGCUCCCGCGGUCACCGUGCUGGGGAUGGAGGCUUUGCAGACACAUGAUGCAGCCCUGAACAGCAGCAACCUAAACGCCAACAGCUCGUCUCUCCCCCUGCUGGAUGCUGCGGACCUGCAUCAGCCACACAGCAUCCCCCGUUACCUUGGAGUCUGCUUCAUCCUCCUGCUGGACCUGGUGGCAGUCAUUGCAAACGUUGCUGUGGCUGUCGUGAUCAUUAAAACGCCCAAACUGCGAAAAUUUCUCUUCGUAGUGCACCUGUGCAUCAUAGACGUACUAGCUGCCAUCACGGUCAUGCCUCUGGGGAUUGUGGCGACCACCGGACGAGUGGCAUUUGGCGACUCUGUGUGCCAAGCUUACGUCUCUUUGGAGGUCUGCUUCAGCAGCGCCUCCAUCCUCACCGUGUCUGCGAUAAACAUUGAACGCUACUACUAUAUAGUGCACCCCAUGAGGUAUGAGGUGAAGAUGACCCUAGGACUGGCUGUCUCCGUUAUGGUCUUCAUCUGGUUUCAGUCAUUGCUGACAUCAACCCUGCCAUUCUUCACACCCCAGGUAGAAGGUAUGGAGUCCAGUAAUGCCAGCCUGGCCAAUGACACCAGGUGCUCCUUACAAAAGAAUGCAGGGAACUACAGGAAAGUGUUUGUGACUUUUUUUGUUGUACUGUAUUUUGUGUUACCUCUGCUGAUCAUACUGACAGUGUAUUGCAAUGUCUUCAAGGUGGCCAGGAUUGCAGCUCUACAGCAUGGACCUCUACCAUCAUGGACUGCAAGUCCUCGCCAAAGGUCCAACUCCAGUGGCAGUCAGGCUAAUAUUAUGGCUGGAAAUAGAUCCCACAGGGUAUCCCCAGAAAGGACAUUGGGGGGUGCAAAGGCAGCGUUUACGCUCAUGAUAAUUGGGGGACAAUUUGUUAUGUGUUGGUUGCCUUAUUUUUUCUAUCACAUGCAUAAUGCUUUAGCAACCAACCCAUAUAAGACAUCAGACAAGUGGGAAAAUAUUGUAAGGUUGUUUGCCUACACAUCCUUUACAGUUAACCCAUUUGUUUAUGGUUGUCUAAAUAGGCAGAUUAGAGAUGAGCUCAUACGGAUACCCAAAUGCUUCCUCAAACAGUCCGUAGAUGAGCAGCUGGGUCUAUCUAGCCAAGAAGGCUCAGUGGAGGAGAAUUUCCUACAGUUUCUUCAGAGGACAAGUUGCGUGGUGGACAGAAGAAACAGUUUUCCCAUUUCUUCUGGUGCUAGGCUGUUUGUCAAUCAAAGCACAUUGAGUUUCAGAAUUCCAGGUCAAAUUCUGGAAGAAACUCCAGAGUUAAUCCAACAGGAAUACACAGUGGGUUUCAAAAGUAUACAAACACGUACUGAACAGGAGAAUUUACUUGGAGUGACAAAGUGACUGUUUUACGUCUUUGGCGUCCUUGGAAAAAUAACACUCACAGGUAGACCAAAUACAAGACAUGUUGGCAAAACAUUAUAACAAGCUUAGAGGUGUGGACUGGCUAGGUAUUGUUUGUUUAGUCUGAAAACAUAAUUUUCUUCCUAAUCAAAGGGUAUUGUGGCAAUUAUUUACUAAUUAACGCUUGUGAGAAGGCAUAUUACCCUGGAUUAUAUCCAAAAGUCUUUACGUUGAAAUAGAAUCGAAGAACUCUAUAAGAUUGUACAAGUGGAAAGGCUUAUAAAAGGUACAGCCUUCAAAAGAAGCAUGCUCUUCCGGGUGCAAUGCUGGCCUGCACAGAAGCCCUAGGUUGCACUAAUAUUGUACUGUUUUUGUACCACAGCAGGUGAUGGAAGAUGCACUUGGUAUCUUGAUCAAAAAGAAAAAAAAAAGGUUACACACCCUUGUUAAAGUAUUAUCGCAUAAAUAUUUUUAAAAAUGCAUAACUUUAAUAAUUUCUCUGGCCUAUAUAUAUUUACCAUCCCAUUAAAAUGCCCAGAUUCAUUUUUGGAUAUAUUAUUGAAUAUUUUGUCUAGGUAUGUUAAACCUCAAUUGUCUGGAUUUGGGCUCUAAAAAAUCUAUGAAACUGAUUUUGAAUGUUCUCUUACUAAUAGCCUACCGAUCAAGCUAAAAUACUCAAAAACCCUCUAUUCGUUCCUCUUUUUUUUCCUAUGGUCGUAAUCAUUUUAUAGCUCAUAGGAGAAGUACUGUCUACAGCCCUCUAUGGUGAGAGUUUGAUCAUAAUUGCAGUAUGUGAGUCGAUUAAACGUACAUAGACAUUUACGUUGUAUAAUAGAACUUAGUAGAGUUUCUAUGCACUGUAUAGAUAAAGGGGUUCUCAAAUUUUGACCCCUUAAGGACACAACUUCUGGAAUAAAAGGGAAUUGUGACAGAAUAUUUCCGUCAUGUGUCCUUAAGGGGUUAAUCCGAAGACCAAGAACCAAUAAGACAGUAUAAAAGAAAAGCACAUCUAUAAAAAUUGGCUCUGUAGGGUGGGACAUACUUCAUCAUCUACUACUUUUAAGUACUCUAGUAAAUUUAACCUAUUUCUGUGUAUAUUUAUAUUUUGGCAAUUAGUCACAAAUGGCCUAACUCACCUUGACUCAUAUAGUCAUCUAUGCCAUACAAAUGAUGUUUAUGAGAGUUACAGAGAGAAUUGCGUAGUUAGAUCUUCCAUUGCUUAAGCUACCUGUAUUUAAAUUGUAGAAAGAAGACACUAUCACGGCAGUGUUAUUCACUAAGUAGUAGCAAAUUAAAACCAGGACUGCAGAAUAAAGUUGGAAUUGGCCCUGCUGUGAUUAUAGCAGUUUGAAGCGGUUUCUAGGUCAGUUGAUUUUUGUCUACAUUAUGCCAUUAAGAUUUCCAUAUUCUGCUCUCGUGGAGUUUAGUGAAUAACACUAUAGGGAAUGUAAUCAAUAAACAGGGAACUGUGGAGCACGGACAAAGGUAAUUUGGCCAAAAUUACCCAAUAAGAAAGAUCCUGUUGAAAAUGAAUUCAACUACUGUUGCAGCGUGGCUGUCCUGGCCUACAUUUGCAAUGUCUUUGUAAUUACCCUAGUUGUUUAAUUUUUUUUUUUUUAAUACAGUAAAAGUUUGAUUAAAAUGAACAGCUUUUAAUUUAGAUCAGGGGUAGCCAAGCUAUCCCCCCAGAUGACACAGGACUAAAAACCCCAUAAUACUUUUCUAGCUUAAAGCUGUUUUAUGAGACUUUCAAUUCUGCGACUGCAGCAAAAUACAUUUUGGCCGCCCCUUUUUUUUUAGAGAAUGAUGUACCAAGAUACAUACUGUCUUUUUUUGUUCUUUUUAGCUUGUGGAUAAUGUCAGGUCUUAUUAAAAUAACUUGAGUCUGUGAACAGAUAAUGUGUGUGUUAACCCACCUCUAGUAUUAAAAAGCAUACUUUAUAUGCUAAAUACAAGCUUUAUAUUCAGUGAAAUGAUUUACUAAUUCUCAUUGUGAAGGUUGUUUUCUUUUGCAAAAUGUACAUAGGCUACAGCACCUCUUGGCAUGCUUUGGGUGGACUUCAAAGCACAAACAAGCAAUAA